GACUAUUUUUUUUUCCCAUUCCCUCGUACCAACUACAAGUCCAGAUUCAUUUCUCUCUCCCUCAUACACUCUUGACUCUCAGUAUAUCACUCUUCUAAAAAGUCUCUCUCUACUCUCUGUCUGUACUUCUCUCACCUCACCACCAUGGCCGAGUCUACCACCACCACCACCACUCGUCCUCUCAAAAUCAUAGCCGGAGCCGACUCCUUCGGCUGUACUCUCAAAGACACCUUGGUCUCCCACCUCCGUUCCCUCAACAUCGAAGUAGAAGACCUCUGCACCUCCUCCUACUACACCAUCGCCGCCGAAGUUGGCCGCCAAGUCUCCUCUUCCACCACCCCGGCCGCCACAGAAACCCGUGGCCUCGUCGCUUGUGGCACAGGCGUUGGUGUUGCUAUCUUCGCCAACAAAUUCCCAGGCGUUUAUGCAGCCACUUGUCUCACUCCUGAAGAUGCUCUCAACGCUCGCUCCAUCAACAACUCCAAUGUCCUCGCAGUCUCAGGCAUGUCCACUUCACCCUCCACCGCCAUUGAUAUCCUCAACACUUGGCUCAACACUCCUUUCAAGUCUCCUUGUCCGGCUUCUAACUCUCAACCUUGGCCUCAAGAUAUAGAGUCUUUUCUUGACAGCUCUAUCAAAGAAAUGCCCACCAUUGGAUCUGGUUCUUCUCAGUCUGAUGAAUCUGCAAAAUGUGCUAUUUGUUGUUUGGUGAAGAAUAGGGAAUUGAAUCCGAUCGAUAUAAUCCCAGGUGGGUCUAUGAAGAUUUUGAGAGAGACUCCCACAUCGGCUUUUGUGAGGUUUAAAGCUGGGAGUGUGGAGCCGGCUCAUCAUCAUACUUUUGGGCAUGAUUUGGUGGUGAUGGAGGGGAAGAAGAGUGUGUGGAACUUGAGCAAAAAGGAGAGGUAUGAUUUGGGUGUUGGGGAUUUUUUGUUUACUCCUGCUGGGGAUGUGCAUAGAGUGAAGUAUUAUGAGGAUACUGAGUUUUUCAUCAGGUGGGAUGGGAAAUGGGAUAUGUUCUUUGAUGAGGAUCUUGAGACUGCUAAGGCUGCUGUUGAGAAAGAAUUGGGAAAUGGGGCUGUGUGAAUAUGAAUCAGUAUGUGUGUAGAAGAUAUUUAUGGGGUUGAAUAUUGUGCUGCUACUUAGUGCUAUUAAGAAGGAAUUGGGAAAUGGGUCUGCGAGAAAAUGAAUCAAUAUGGUUUCUAUGUAUGUGUUUCUAAGAUGUUUAUAGGGUUGAGUAUUGUGCUACUGAGGAGGAAUCCAGUUCUGGGUCUCUAUAAUAAAAAAGAGCCCAAUGCAUAAAUACGAAGCAGUACUGACAGGGCAAUUAGCAUAAUAGUCUUAUUUUUGCUGGAGCAUAGUUACCACCUCAAUUUGUUUGGACAAUCUGGUCUACUUGUGAACUCAUCUCCAAACAAGGGUUGAAAGGAUUUUUUUUUGUUUUUGUUAGAAUAGAUAGAAGUUGGGUUGGAAUGAUUUGGUGGCUGAACAUGUUUGUCUCCACCAAAACCAAAAUGAAAUCCCUUCACAUUGCAUUAGUGCCAUACAUGUAUUUGAUUAGAUGUUAGUAACAUUUUUUUUUUCAUACCAGUGGCAGCACUUCGCCACUUCCUCCACCCAAAUCUGAGUGUUGACCCAUUUCCACACCUCCAUCUUCCCCACCCCUCCCAUUUGUUUCCACCAACACUAAAAUGGAAUUCCUUCACAUUGCAUUAGUGCCAUACAUGUAUUGGUUAGUUGUUAGUAGCAAUUUUUUUUCAUACUAGUGGCAGUGCUUUGCCGCUUCCUCCGCCCCAGUCCCAGUGUUGACCCAAUUCCCCACCCCCAUCUUCCUCAGCCACCCACUUCUUAUACAGUUGCUUAAUUUUCCCAGCAGUUCAACAACCAUUGCUUCUUUAUCAUGUCUUCCUUCCCCUUAGUUCCUGUUCUUCUGGCAACCCAUUAAUCUCAGAAUAUAUUCACUCCCAUGUUUGUUAUUAAAUUUUGUUUUCAGUCCAAAAACCAUUGGUGGUCCAAACCUGAUGGUUAGAUGUUUUAUAUAUCUAACUUUUGUAGCACAGUGAUUAAGGUCAACUAAGCAUUGCCAUGCUGCUGAAAUGUACAAGCUGUGAGAUGCAAGGUGACAUUUUAGACUUUAUGGUAGUUGUUGAGUUUGACUUAACUCUUUCUUUUCAAAUUCUAAAAGUAUUCUCUA